AUGUGGGCAGUGCCCCUAAAUAUUUGUUUGGAUUCCAAUGGACAGUACCUCCCAAUCCUGUAUGUGGAUAGUCUUAGUGCACGCUUAAGAGAUUUGGUGGAAGUAGAUUCUUCAAUGAGAGAGACAAACCUGACUCUAAAAUACAGUCCAAUAUCAUAUGGAAAAAUAAGAUUAUGGAUGCAGUUUGAAGCUGCACUGCAUCCUAUGGCACAUUUAGGAUUCACAGAUAAGGACUUGGAUGAAGUGAAGGGCAUUUUCUCAGAUACAAACCUUUACUUCUUAUGUGUAACUUUUUUGGUUGCAGCCUUACAUAUGCUGUUUGAUUUCUUGGCAUUCAAGAAUGAUAUAUCUUUUUGGCGAGGAAGAAAGACAAUGGAAGGAAUUUCUUCAUCUACAGUUGCUUGGAGAGCUUUCUCACAGAUCAUCAUUUUCUUGUAUUUAUUAGAUGAAAAUACCAGCAUGGUGGUUUUAAUUCCCACUGGCAUAGGUGGACUCAUAGAGGUGAGAUUUCAUGGGUUACACAAUGAAAAGUUUAACCCUUUCGCCGCUGGGUGGCUGCGGGAUUAUAUUCCAGGGGCGUGUCAUGUACCAUGCGGGUUUUGGGGUCCCUUUUUAAAGGGGCUGUACUCAUGGGCAUAUCAGGGUGCCGCAGAUUCCCCGGGGAGGGGCCCCAAAGCCGUUAAGAACCACUGCCCAAAAAUGUUAUUUAACCCAAUGUUGAUGGAUCUAGUUAUGGCUGUCAUGGAAAAUUUUGGCUUGGUGCUGGUUACAGCUAUACCUGUCAUGAUUCAUUCCAACUUGAUGCCAUUAACAGUUAUGCAAAGUCAUGAUGAAUGGUUAAUGGUUAAAGGUUAA